AAGCCGAAGGACAGCCGCGGGCCCCGUCGUUUCCCUUUCUCUGCCGGAGCCGCCGCCGCCGCCGCUGCUGCAGACGACGCGGACGCGAUCCCAAGAGCCGAAGGCGGGCACUGAAAACAGCAUGGCGGAGCAAGUGGCCCUGAGCAGGACUCAGGUCUGUGGGAUUCUCCGGGAAGAGCUGUACCAGGGAGAUGCUUUCCACCAGUCCGACACGCACAUAUUCAUCAUCAUGGGAGCCUCGGGCGACUUAGCAAAGAAGAAAAUCUACCCCACGAUCUGGUGGCUCUUCCGAGAUGGGCUCCUCCCCGAAGAUACCUUCAUCGUGGGCUACGCCCGCUCUCAACUUACCGUGGCCGACAUCCGAAAGCAGAGCGAGCCCUACUUUAAGGCCACUCCAGAGGAGAAGCAGAAGCUAGAGGAAUUCUUCUCUCGCAAUUCCUACGUGGCCGGCCAGUACGACGAGCCGGCCUCCUUCCAGCGCCUCAAUGCCCACAUGAACUCCCUGCACCACGGGCCCCAGGCCAACCGCCUCUUCUACCUGGCCUUGCCGCCCACCGUCUAUGAGGCCGUCACCAAGAACAUCAAAGAAACUUGCAUGAGUCAGAUAGGCUGGAACCGGGUCAUUGUGGAGAAGCCCUUCGGGAAGGAUCUGCAGAGCUCCGACAAGCUGUCCAACCACAUCGCUUCACUCUUCCACGAGGACCAAAUCUACCGGAUUGACCACUACCUGGGCAAGGAGAUGGUGCAGAACCUCAUGGUGCUGAGGUUCGGUAACAGGAUCUUUGGCCCCAUCUGGAACCGAGACAAUAUCGCCUGUGUGAUCCUCACCUUCAAGGAGCCCUUCGGCACUAUGGGCCGAGGCGGUUAUUUCGACGAGUUCGGGAUCAUUCGUGAUGUGAUGCAGAACCACCUCCUCCAGAUGCUCUGCCUGGUGGCCAUGGAGAAACCCGCCUCCACCAACUCUGACGAUGUCCGUGACGAAAAGGUGAAGGUCCUGAAGUGUAUCUCCGAGGUGCAGGCGACGGAUGUGGUCUUGGGCCAGUAUGUGGGGAACCCAGACGGAGAAGGGGAAGCCACCAAAGGCUAUCUAGACGAUCCCACGGUGCCGCAGAACUCCACCACUGCCACCUUUGCUGCCGUGGUCCUUUACGUGGAAAACGAAAGAUGGGAUGGUGUCCCUUUCAUCCUCCGCUGCGGGAAGGCCCUGAACGAACGUAAGGCCGAGGUGCGGCUGCAGUUUCGGGACGUGGCUGGCGACAUCUUCCAACGCCAGUGCAAGCGGAAUGAGCUGGUGAUCCGCGUGCAGCCCAACGAGGCCGUCUACACCAAGAUGAUGACCAAGAAGCCAGGGAUGUUCUUCAACCCGGAAGAGUCCGAGCUGGACCUGACCUACGGCAACAGAUACAAGGACCAGAACUUCUUCCAGGAGCGGCGCCCCUACAGCGACCCGGAGGCGGCCUCCAAGUCGGGGGAGGGGGAGCUUUAA